GUUUCUGCAUUGCCAGUGUCAGUUGCAAUCAUUAAUGGCGUUUGUGCGGUGGUCGGGUUAACAGAGAGAAGAGAGAGAGUGUCGUAAAAGAGAGUUUUUGUUUAGUUGUCGAUGCGGUGUUAUCAGUGAGAGAGUGCGAUCGUCUCCGUCUUAGAUUGAUUUUCUUUAGUUGUUUUGUUUGAAGUAUAGCCGCUGAAGAAGAUGACCUCUCCGGGUAUACUUCCGACGUACCAGAGGCCCCUGAACAGUAUGCAGGCGCAGUUCUUCCGAAGGUCCUUCAGGCCGCGCGAAAAGUACGUCAUCCUCCUCGUCGUCUUCACCUUCGGACUGGUAUGUUUCGGUACCUUCUUCUUCCUGCCGGAGUUCCGUGGCUCGAACAGCACGGCGGACAGUGUUUACAAAGUGUACGACCAAUUCAAGAGGGCCGGGCCCGAACUUCUGAUACCGCCUCCUCCUCAGCUGGAGGCGAACGACGACUCCUCCGUUCUGAGGCUGGUGAGACACGAUCACGACACCCAGGUGGAUCCGCACGUCGUCGGUGACCGCGAAAAGUUGAGAGCCAAGAUCGAGCAGGACGGAGAUCUGAAGGUGCUCGAGAGGCCUGACAUCGAUGGCGCCAAAUCGAAGUCGUCGUCGACGAGCCGCGUGGACUCUCACAACCAGAUGGACGAGAACGUCGGACGCGAAGUGGACACCAACAGUAACAACAACAAUGCGGGCAUCAUCACCGUGCCGGCCUCGUUUAGUCAGAAGUAUCCGGUCAUCACCGACGGCGAAGACUCGGAUCCCGCCAUCCGCAAAAAGCGCGACAAAGUCAAGGAGAUGAUGAAACACGCCUGGGACAAUUACGUGAGGUACGCAUGGGGCAAGAACGAGUUGAGACCCAUCAGCAAACGAGGACACAGCGCAAGCAUCUUCGGAACUCUUCCACUAGGCGCCACCAUCAUGGAUGGCUUGGACACUCUCUACAUCAUGGGCAUGGAUGAUGAGUAUAAGCAAGGAAGAGAAUGGAUCGCCAACGAAUUUGAUAUCGAUUCAUUGAUCCAAUCUGAUGUUUCCGUGUUCGAAAUCAACAUCCGGUUCGUCGGCGGUUUGCUUUCCUGCUUCGCCCUCACCGGAGAUGUGCUGUUCAAGGAGAAGGCACAGCAAAUCGCGGAUAAGCUGAUUCCCGCCUUCCAAACGCCGACGGGCAUCCCGAACGCGCUCGUCAACUUCAAGACUGGAACCAGCAAGAACUACGGAUGGGCGAGCGGCGGAUCGAGCAUCCUCUCCGAGUUCGGCACACUUCAUCUGGAGUUCGCGUACCUCAGCGAUGUGACCGGAAACCCGCUCUACCGCAACAAAGUCGAUCACAUACGUCAGCUGCUGCAGUCGAUGGAGAAGCCUAAGGGUCUUUACCCGAAUUACCUUAACCCCAAGACAGGGAAAUGGGGACAACAUCACAUGUCGAUGGGCGCGCUCGGCGACAGCUUCUACGAGUACCUUCUGAAGGCCUGGAUCCAAUCCAACAAGGAAGACAACGAGGCCAGACAAAUGUUCGAUGAUGCCAUGGCUGCUGUACUAAAACACAUGUUGAACAAAUCCAGCGGCGGACUCCUCUACUUUGCCGAGUUGAAAUUCGAUAGGCCCGAACACAAAAUGGACCAUCUGGGAUGCUUCUCAGGCGGUUUACUUGGUUUGGCCUCGAAGGCUCUCCCUACUAGCAGCUCAUCGGGUCGCUACAUGGACGUGGCAAAGGGUAUCACGAACACCUGCCACGAGUCCUACGAUCGCACCUACACGAAACUGGGACCAGAAUCAUUCCGAUUCACGGAAAACGUCGAGGCUAAGGCGCUGAAGACCUCCGAGAAGUACUACAUCCUUCGGCCGGAAGUGAUCGAGUCUUACUUCUACAUGUGGCGCCUGACGAAGGAUCCCAUUUACCGCGAAUGGGGCUGGGAAGCAGUACAGGCACUCGAGAAGCACUGCAGAACGCCCGGCGGCUACACGGGCCUGAAGAACGUCUAUAACGAGGAACCGCUGCAGGACGAUGUCCAGCAAAGUUUCUUCUUGGCCGAAACUCUUAAGUAUUUGUACCUUUUGUUCUCCGAUGAUAGCCUGUUAUCGCUGGACGAGUGGGUUUUCAACACCGAAGCGCAUCCGUUACCAAUCAAAAGUGUGAAUCCUUACUACAGGGAGGCUGCGGUGUAAGGACGAGAGACCAAAUCCUUCCUUGGAAACCGCCCAAAAACAAUCACCACCACCAGCAAAAAAAAAAAAACCUAAACAGGAAAACCACAACCCCCACAGCAAACGGCAAGAAAAAGCAACAGACUGAUAUCAAAGUUGUUCUCUCAUUGGAUUUAUUUAUUUAUCGUUGAUUGUUCGAGCAUGAAACGGCAGAAAAUGUUGAAGAAAGGAAGAAAAAAAAACUGGAACAGGAAAACAUGAAUAUUAUAUGUAUAAAUGUAAUUGUAACAGACUUUUUACAGGAUGUAAAGUGUAAAAUAGUGUCA